AUGCAACUGACUGGUAAACUUCAGUUGUGCCUGUUUUUGUUCAUUAUCGAGCAGAUAUCAGCCGUCUCUUAUAAUCAGCCAAAGUUUUGUUCAGAUUCUUGGUACCCAAAUGCUACAACUAUUGCUGAUAACAACACUAUUAUUGGAGCAUAUUUCAAUGAGAUAUUUAUCGAUAGGAAUAACACCAUUUUUAUUCUUAAUCAACAUAAUGGCGAAAUUCUUGUUCAAAGUGGAGAUAAUCGAACGCUGGCAACAGCGAUAUCGGGUAAUUUCUGCAAUGCUUCCAGUUUCUUUGUUGCAAUGACCGUGGGAGGUCUAUGUUGA